UAUCAACCCUUUCUCUUCUCCCAGCAGGCCCCUCUGUCGGCAGGCCCCACGCUUUAAAUGGCUGUUUUGCCCCCCGGAAUCCGUCUGUUCCUCUCAUUUUCCAGGGACCAGUGGUUCCGGGCUCUGGUUCUGCUCCUCACCUACCUCCUGUACUGCAGCUUCCACUUGUCCAGAAAACCCAUCACGAUUGUUAAGGGAGAGCUCCACAAACACUGCGCCGACCCCAAUGAAAUCGAGCUUCCCAGCUACAAGGAGUUCGUCAUUUUGAAGCAGUCGCCUCUACACCCGGCACAGAAUGUGUCCGCCUGCGGCUGGGCCCCGUUCGAUAAGAAGAAUUAUAAGCAGCUGCUGGGUGCGCUCGAUUAUUCCUUCCUGUGCGCGUACGCCGUGGGCAUGUACCUCAGCGGGAUGAUUGGGGAGCGGCUGCCCCUCCGAUAUUUCCUAUCCUGCGGGAUGUUGGCGAGCGGCUUCUUCACCAUACUCUUUGGAUUCGGCUAUUUUUAUAACAUCCAUGACCUGUCCUAUUAUAUCAUUAUCCAGGUCCUAAAUGGGUUGGUUCAGACCACUGGCUGGCCCUGUGUAGUGACCUGUAUCGGAAAUUGGUUUGGGAAAGGAAGGAGAGGGCUCAUCAUGGGAGUCUGGAACUCGCACACGUCGGUGGGAAACAUUCUUGGAUCUCUCAUUGCCGGUUACUGGGUGUCUUCUUGCUGGGGGAUGUCCUUCCUGGUACCCGGGAUCAUUAUCUGCAUGAUGGGAAUCGUCUGCUUCUUGUUCCUCAUAGAACAUCCGCGGGAUAUCAGGUCCGAUGUGCCUCUCUCUCCGCCCCCAUCCAGCUCCACGUGUAACGGGUUUAAUAUCCAGAAUCAGGUCUUAAAGAUCAGAGACUCGACUCCAGAAAAGGACUGGGAAGGUCAGGAUAUGCUGGGUCCAUCUCCCGUUUACCCCACACAUCACGUUAUCGUCCUACAGAAAGACACCAGCAUCGGAACAAGCGGAUCUUCGGCCAUCAGCUUCUUCGGGGCUCUCCAGAUCCCGGGAGUCGUGGAAUUUUCCAUGUGUUUGUUAUUUGCCAAACUUGUCAGUUAUACCUUCCUGUUCUGGCUUCCACUUUACAUCACUAAUGUGGGCCAUAUGGACGUGCGUCAGGCUGGCGACCUCUCCGCUCUCUUUGAUGUUGGAGGCAUUAUUGGGGGAGUACUGGCCGGGAUCAUCUCAGAUAAAUCUCACAAACGGGCAACAACCUGCGGCCUCAUGUUAUUGUUUGCCGCCCCCAUGCUUUACAUCUUCUCCGCUGUUCACCAGACCGGACCCGUGCUCACUGCAGUGAUGUUACUGGUGUGUGGAGCCCUUGUGAAUGGUCCGUACUCUCUUAUUACGACUGCCGUGUCUGCUGAUCUGGGGACACACAAAUCAUUGAAGGGGAAUUCGCAUGCCUUGUCCACUGUCACAGCCAUUAUUGAUGGCACCGGAUCUGUUGGUGCGGCUCUGGGUCCUCUCCUGGCUGGUCUCCUGUCCCCGUAUGGCUGGCACAAUGUCUUCUUCAUGCUGAUGGUCAGUGACGGCUGUGCGCUGCUGUUUUUGUUGCGUCUUAUAAAGAAGGAGAUGACCUGCCUCCGGUGCAGCGGAACCACGCAGUUUAAGGAGCACUGAGAAGUUUUCUCACCAAGACACGGGAUGUAUCUGCGACCAGCUGCAGGUGCUGCAUGUGUCCGUGUGCACGUGUGUGAUUAUGUAAUCCACGUGUGGCUCACGUGUGUGUAAACACCUGUAUAUAUUGUACUUUACGUGUACACAGCACUUACUGUAUAUAUGAUAGUGCCACGGAUACCUGUAUUUAUUGAUAUGUUGUUACUAUAGAGACUGAUCACGGUAUCCGAGGGACGUGAUAUAUAGAUGAUUAGCUCACGGUUUACAGUAUAUGAAGUCAUGGAAGACUUUAUUUUAUAGAUUAUUUAAAUAUUUAUGCAUUCAGGGAAAUGUGUGCGUGUCACGGAGUGAGUGUGUGUAUCAUUGUGAGUGUGCGCGUGUGUCACAGAGUGAGUGCGGGUGUGUCACAGAGUGUGUAUUUUGUGUCUGGGAUUCUCGCUUUUACCUGGGAAGAAAUGUUUACAAGAAGCCUCGGGCCUCUGACCAAACGCUGCCGGGUUAUGACAUCAUGGCGAGCUCAUCCCGCUGCCACCUGGGUCGCUGUGGCUGAGGGGCUCACGCAAGGUUAAUCCAUAAAAUGAAGGAAUUUCAGGUCAAAGACGGGCAUUAAAGCGUGUUUGUGAAUCGGUGCCUUUAUGGAGAUUUCUGGGAAAUAAAUAAUGAAUUCUAAAAAAAA